CACUUCCCCCUGCAUUCGCCCCUCUGCUGGAUAUGCGUGCCCAUGCAUUGAUGGCAGUCAAAGCAAUUGAUGCAGAUAUCCUCAGCAUUUAGUUUCCAAUGUCCGAAAAGCUUCUCAAAGGAGGAAGCUUUGGAAUAUGUAAAAUCAAGAAAACAAACCAAGAAAACAGACUGCAUCAUGGCCUAUCUUAAAUCAUCCCCUCAUACAAGCAGGGAGGAACAGAAGCUUCGAGGAAAUGGGACCAGCCCUGUCCUGCUGCACCUCUGCUCUGCUCGGAGGAACCCAGUGCUUCACAUCCCUCAGCUGUGCUGGUGGCAGGGACAUGGGGAGCUGCGGAACAAAAGCUUUGAGCGCAGCACCGGGCGCCAGCACAGCUACCCUCAGGUUUAAGGACAGGGGAUUCCGCCGGACCCUCAGCAGCCAUGUCCCGCUCCAUCAGCUUCAGCUCUCGCUCCGUGGCCGUCCCAGGGGUCAGCCAGGUACGGGUCAGCUCCGUCUCCUCUGUCCGUGGAGGCAGUGGCCUUGGCAAGGCAGGGGGCUUUGGCAGCUCCAGCCUCUACAAUCUGGGCUCUGCCAACAAGCGGAUCUCCCUCGGAGGCAGCAGCUCCUACAGCGUUCGCUCUGGAUAUGGCUAUGGAGGCAUGGGGUUCGGUGGGGCCAUCGUCCCCGGGGCCGGCAUCCAGGAGGUCACUGUCAACCAGAGCCUCCUGACCCCCCUCAACCUGGAGAUCGACCCCAACAUCCAGCGGGUGCGCAAGGAGGAGAAGGAGCAGAUCAAGACCCUCAACAACCGCUUUGCUUCCUUCAUUGACAAGGUCCGGUUCCUGGAGCAACAAAACAAAAUGCUGGAGACCAAAUGGAGUCUGCUCCAGGACCAGAAGACCACCCGGAGUAACAUCGUCCCCAUGUUUGAGGCGUACAUCAACAACCUGAGGAGGCAGCUGGAUGGGUUGUUAAAUGACAAAGGGCGUUUGGAGGGUGAACUGAGGAACAUGCAGGAUCUUGUUGAGGAUUUCAAGGCCAAAUAUGAAGAUGAGAUCAACAAGCGCACGACAGCAGAGAAUGAGUUUGUGGUGCUCAAGAAGGAUGUGGAUGCUGCCUACAUGAACAAAGUGGAGUUGGAGGCCAAGGUGGAUGCGCUGACGGAUGAGAUUAACUUCCUGAGAUCUCUCUAUGAAGCGGAGCUUCGUGAGCUGCAGGACCAAAUCUCUGACACCUCUGUGGUGCUGUCCAUGGAUAACAGCAGAAACCUGGACCUGGACAGCAUCAUUGCAGAGGUCAAAGCACAGUAUGAGGAUAUUGCCAACAGGAGCCGGGCAGAGGCUGAGUCCUGGUACCAGAGCAAGUUUGAAGCUCUGCAGGUCACUGCUGGGAAGCACGGGGAUGAUCUGCGCAACACCAAGAAUGAAAUCACAGAGAUAAACCGCGUGAUCCAGAGGCUGCAGGGCGAGAUUGAAAAUGCAAAGGCCCAGCGUGCCAAGCUGGAAGCUGCCAUUGCUGAAGCUGAGGAACGUGGUGAGUUGGCUAUCAAAGAUGCCAGGACAAAGCUGGAGGAGCUGGAGGCUGCUCUGCAAAAGGCAAAGCAGGACAUGGCCCGGCAGCUGCGCGAAUACCAGGAGCUGAUGAACGUCAAGCUGGCCCUGGACAUUGAGAUUGCAACCUACAGGAAGCUGCUGGAGGGCGAGGAGAGCAGGUUGGCUGGCGAUGGGGUUGGCAGCGUCAACAUCUCCAUGGUCACCUCCAGCGGUGGUGGAUCCAGUGGAUUCCUGGGAGGAGGGGUCCGUGGAGGCCUUGCCCUGGGAGCAGGGAUGGGCAGCGGAGCUCUCGGCUUCUCCUCGGGGGGCUCCAGCAAAUCCUACACCGUCACCACGACCUCCUCCACCAGAAGCUUCAGGAAGUAAAGGCAGGAACGGAACCCAGCGGUACCCACGAAACGGGAGGAGGGAGAACACAGAAAGAGAAGUUUGGUUGCCUUUCGUAGGACAAAUUGGCUGCAAAAUUUCUGCAGUGAUGAAUGAAUUGGAAUAAGAUAUACCAGAGUACCUGACCCUGCUGCGUCACACCUAAGGCUUGAUCCUGUACUGUUGAACUCAGUGGGAGCCAUCCCACUGAGAGCAGGUUCAAGCCUGUAGGGUGAAAUUCCUCCAGGGAAGCAGGCAGGUUAAUGCUUUUGUUGCUUGUAUGCUUGGUACCCCUGUUCAGGGCUGGCUUUCACCCUUUGAAGGGCAAAACAAUCAUUGUGGCAAGCUUUUCCACAUUUCUGCUGUGGCUUUACAAAAGAGACCAGAAGAUUAUCUCCCUCUGAAUAUGAUUUGGAAGACUUCAUUCCCUUGGGCUGCUCAGAAAGUGCCAGCCCUGACUGAGAUUUCAGUCUGGGGUUGUUUUCUUAAAAUAUAAAAGGAAGAAAAUGGUGGAACUGCUUUGGGUUUCUCCUUAUGUUCUUUAGAAAUUGGCUCAGAAAUGGAAUUGGACAAUUCUGGUCUAAUGGAAGCUAAUUUCUUACUGAAGGCAAUGCAGACAGAUCUCCUUUAUAGGUUCUGUAUAACAAAAUAACUCACAAACUCACCCUUUCUGUCUUCUUAACAGAAGUCUGAAGCCUAAAGGGUAUGGAAAUUGCUUAAAAUUACAAGCAGCACACUGAAAUGGGAGAUAACACUCCCCAUCCUUGGGUGCCUCUGUUUACUACCCUAUAUUGCAGAGCAUUACUAGUGAUAUCCGGGGUCUCUCCUACCAGUGGGAAAAAAGCGUGUUUUGUUGAUGCUUCAUUACAAUAACUCCUUGUUCCUGCCAAAAUGAGUCUUCAACCUAAACACGCUGGGGAAAUAGUUUGUUACUGCGGUGGGAAGAAUUUUUAAAUAAACAAGUCAAAGAAACUGCAUGGGAUUUGUUGCACUGCGUGCUCUGCUGUCCCAGCAGCGUAUCUCUGGUCGAUGUUUUAUACCUUUGUGGUCUGGGAGUUUGCCAUGAGGCCGUUAAUAAAGUUGCCCUGCUGUAUGCUUC